CAAUUACCCAUAGGAGUCGCCAUGACCCCAGCUUUGAGAGAGGCCGAAAUGAAGGGACAUGGUAUCCACUUGUCAUCUUCUUUGUCUAGAACCAUGGAGUCUGACACAGUGCUUUGUAUGGAAAGUCCUGGAACUGUUGAAGAAAAACUAAAGGGAGACUCCAUCACACAGAUUAAUUGCUCAAUGCUGGGGUUUCCAACUCCUGAACCUAGCCUUAAUACUAAUUUUGUCAAUUUAAAACACUUUGGCUCCCCUCAGCCUUCAAAACAUUAUCAGACAGUCUUUCUAAUGAGUUCUAAUUCUUCAUUAAACAUGUAUAGUGAAAAUUAUAAACAAAAGAAAUUAGGGGACCCUAAUUGCAAUAAGCUAAAAAAUACGCUGAGGAAUGGCACCAGCAUUAGGCUCAAUAGAAUUUGUCCUCCUAAUUCUGAAGAGUUCAUCAAAAAGGAACCUUUAUCAGAAACCACAAGCCAGUGUGUGACUGCUUUGCCAAGUGUUUUGGAUUCCAAUGUAACGAAAGUCAAUAGUGUAGAAAAUGUGGAGCUUCAAAACUGUAAAUGGUACCAAAAGAAUGGUCUUUUGGAUAAAGCUUCUGGUGCUGAGAGUAAAAAGAGUUUUUUGCAGUGUGCUCAAAAGAAAGUUUGGCCUGGGAACUCGAAUGUACUUCUUAGCUCUCCUGCUACUGAGAAAGAAGAAGAAGUGAAUGCUCGUUUACUUCAUUGUGUAAGCAAACAAAAAAUUCUCCUUAGCCAGGCCAAAAGAACUCAGAAACAUUUGCAGAUGCUACUGGCAAAACAUGUUGUUGAACACUAUGGUCAGCAGAUGAAAGUCUCUAUGAAACAUCAGUCCCAAAGAAUGAGGAUCUUUCAUGAACCUGCCAGAAUUCUAGACAAUAGUUUCCACAGAUGCACUGACAUGAAAUCAGAAGUCUGCUUAUCUAAUUCAGAGAAUGAUUUGUGGAAAGAUACAAAAAAUGGUUCUGCGAGGUGCUCCAUUGCAGAAAUUCAGAAGUUUGCUCUAUCGGCUGCAGGGUUGUUGUCUCAUGUUGAAGAGGGUUUAGAUUCUGAUGCAACUGACAGCAGCUCAGAUGAAGAUUUGGAUGAGAUGCCCAUUAGGAAAAGUGUUAUGGUUAACUAUAGUACUGAAUGGAAGUGGCUUGUGGACAGAGCUAGAGUUGGCAGCCGUUGGACGUGGCUUCAAGCCCAGAUUUCGGAGCUAGAAUACAAAAUCCAGCAACUAACUGACAUUCACAGGCAGAUACGUGCCACCAAGGGAACAGUGAUCCUAGAAGAAUGCCAACUUCCAAAAGAUAUUUUGAAGAAGCAGAUACAAUUGACAGACCAAGGAACUUUAAUAAAUACAACAGGGAAUUCUCAGGUUCCCCAGGAGAGACAAGAUUCUUUACCAGAACAAGAUUUUGAAAUGUCACCAAGUAGCCCUACACUACUUCUUCGAAACAUAGAAAAACAGAGUGCACAACUGACUGAAAUAAUCAACAGUCUGAUUGCUCCACUCAACUUGUCCCCUACUUCAUCACCCUUUUCUUCUAAGCCCUGUAAACAUAAACGACUGGCUAAUGGCAUUUCUAGGAGUGCUUCAGAGAAUUUAGAUGAGCUCUCUUCCUCCAGUAGUUGGUUACUUAACCAGAAGCACAUUAAGAAAAGGAGAAAAGACAGAACAAGACUGAGAUCUCCAUCCUUGACUCUCAUGAGCACAGCAGCCCGAACAAGGCCUCUUCAGAGUUUCCACAAACGAAAACUCUACCGAUUGAGCCCUCCUUGUUAUUGGAUUCCAAAGGCUUUGCCUUCCAAAGAAACUCCAUUUCAUACUGCUAGACCAGUGUCUUGCAUGAUAUCAGCUUCAACCUGGAAUAAUUGUGAUCACAACACAAAAUCCGAGAUAAUAAAACAACAUGUACCAGAGCUAGACUCUUCUUUCCAUUCUGUUUUAUCACUCCCAUCAGAUGUUCCACUUCAUUUACAUUUUGAAACACUGUUAAAAAAGAAUGAAAUUAAAGGAGACCCGGCUGAAUGUACAUUGUUGGAAGAUGAAUGCAUCUUAUCUCCUUCAACUGCACAUAUUACACAGAAUACUACUCUUACCCCAUGGAGAAGUGGAUACUCCCCCAUAUGUAAACCCCAGACCAGGUCAGAAACUUCAGCACAGUUAUUACAAGCAAGAAAGAAAAGGCACUUAAGUGAAACAGCAAUAGGAGAAAGAAAUGGGUUUGAAGAAUUUGCUUUACAACAUACAGAAUCAGGAUCCCAUAAUAGUUUUACUGCGGUCCCUAAUAUCAAUGUGAUAUCUAGAUCAGCCCAGAAUUCAUCACAAAAUUCUACAAGGCGGAGAUUAAGAAGUGAGAGCUCUUAUGACAUCGAUAAUAUUGUGAUUCCUAUGUCACUAGUGGCCCCAGCCAAGUUGGAGAAGCUGCAAUAUAAAGAGAUACUUACUCCAAGCUGGAGGAUUGUUGAUCUUCAACCUUUGGAAGAAUUUCAUUUAGGUGAAGAAAUAGAAGAUCUUUCUGAUGAAGUCUUCUCCCUACGCCAUAAAAAAUAUGAAGAGAGAGAGCAAGCAAGGUGGUCACUGUGGGAACAAAGCAAGUGGCACAGAAGAAAUAGCAGGUCUCAAGAUGUCCAGCCUUGCUGUAGAACACUUACUCCAAGAGAUGUCCUAGCAUGUACAAGGCUCAAUUCACAUCUUUCUCCACAGCCUAGAGAUCUAUCCCUACAGAGGUGUAGGGGAAGAUAUGAAUUGAGCCCUUCAUGGGUGUCGUUGCAACCAUCACAGAAUACCAUUGGAACACAAAGCCAGGCAAUAGGGGUCAGAUCUUAUGGCAAAUAUGCUGAAGGGCAGCAAGGACAAGACUCAUCAUUAAAAGAAAACCACAGUGAUGUUAACACUGUUGAGCAUUGUGCUUCUGAAGCCAUGUUUGAGUUUCCUUCUGAAAUGUAUGGUCUAUGUGUUGAUGCCUCACCUUUCUUAAACAAAAAUCAAGAAGCUAAGUCAGGAUGGUGGGAACGACGGGCUUUUCCACUGAAGGAAGAAGAGGUAGCUUUAUUGUGCCAAGAUGAACAAGAAUAUCAGAUUGAAAGGCCAAGCACAGCCUUCCCUGGUGAAGUCUUCUGUAGCACUAUGUCAGAACACAGUCAUCCUCCAAAAAAGCAAUCAGCAGACAGACUGGAAGAUUACAAGCCUCCUGGUUUAGGACUCAGUAAUCUAAAGAAAAAUAGGUGACAGGGAACGUAGUGGUUCAUUAAGAAAGCUAAUUAAACUGGAAAAAACAAGGCAAGCCCCUCCCCCCCUCAACCCUCUUCAACAACAAAAGAAACCCAUAAUUCCAAUGCAUUAGAGGAACAGCAUGUAAUGUAUUAAUCUUGCUAAGAGACAGGUUAAAAAUAAAAAAUGACACUUUCUUUCCUUCUUGAACCACAAGAGAAAAUAGUUCUUUUGGUCUCCAGACCCGAGGUGCAAUAGUCAUUUGCUAUUAGGCAAAGCCAAAUCACUGGCACCAAGAAAAUGACCUAUUUACUGAAUUCUGGUGUCAAAUGCCUACCUUUUGGUACUGCUACUUUUCCCCCUUUAAGAUAUACUAUAUGGUCCUGGUGUGUCAGACUAUAGCAUAAUGGUUUGGGUUCUUUUUUUUUUAAAUAAACAAGAAACAAAAACACUGAACUUAUCAAACUGCCUUAAAUAUACUAAAAGUACUGUUAUGUCUCCCAACUCAAGUUUUAAAAUGCACAUAUGAAUAUAAGGAUAUAAGAAACCAAUAUGUAGCUACAUAGAUACAUAAACACAGAUUUUAAUUGAAUAUAGACUUCUAAAGGUCUUAGCUAUGGGAAGUUAUUUUUUACAUAUUUCACUAGCAUUAACAAUUCUUAUAUACAAAUGAGAUCAUCUUUUAUUUUUAAAUCACUGACUUCUGUUAGACACAACAGUUUGUUUUCUGUUCACUCCCAAGAGUUUAAUUAUUACAUUAAGUCACCGUGUCUUUAGGAUAGUAACUUGGGCUUCACCUAUAUUUACUAUUCCAUUCUCUCUGUACUACAAGAACCCAAAUGGGUCUUUAAAGCAGGCUUAUUUAAAAUAAUUCACUGAAAGGAAAAUAACCAUCAGUAUGAGCUCAAAAAUACUGUUUUGUUAUAUUCCUGGCGAAUGAAUUUCUUGAUUCCUCACCAUACCAUACCUUGCUUUUAAAAGCAAGUGAUGAUUUGUUCAUUCAUAUCUACUUGUAUCCUAAAAUGAAGCUCCUAAGAUUUAUACCAAGUUGUAUGCAUUUUAAGUGGAAUCUUUUUUAAGCUACCAUGCCACUAGAGUUUUGCUGCGUGGAACAGUUGAGGACAAUUUAUAGAAAUCACUUUUUUCUCAAGGAAAAGCUAUUGCUUCAAGUUAUAGUACCCAUAUAUGCACUAAACGAACACUGGCCAACUGGCCUAGUUUGUGUGAUUCGACAGUUUUUGUCAGGGAUUGAAAACUGAUACUGGACCCUUUGGGGGGAGGAGGGGAAGUUCAAUCAGAUUUCAGCACUGACAAGCCUCUGCUUGUGGUUUCACUGUACAUUUAUUUGAAAAGAAUAACAAAAACAAAAGCCUCACAAACACAAGUUUGUCCAUAAAAUUAAACUUGAAUCUUGCUGUCAUGUCUGAUACCAUGA